AUGGCGUCCACUCUGGGAUACGACCGUGACGCUACCGUUGCAGCGGUGACUUCUUAUUACGAAUUUCUCAUCCGCAUGUACUUGCCCGAACAUUCCAUCAUGUACCCGCCUCCAGGAGGUUGGUCCAUUCCCGAACGGCAAACCUUCUCUCCCGAGAAAGACGAUACCGUUCUCGAUCUUGUUCGCCAUCUUCCGUACCUGGAGCCUCCUGAGGACUGGGAGCAAAUCUUCAUGUAUGAGAAGUGUACAGCCGUCAAUUAUACCUACCUCAAAGGGACUGGACCGCACAACAUCGAUCCACCUCCUGAGGAGACUCUGCUACCAUCUCACGUGGCGAUGCUCGGAUUCACACCCGGACGCAACGGUCACUACAUCUUCAUCGACACCAAGCGUGGUACCGCAACGCUGUGCGACUUCCAAAAGGGAGGUAAAGGAGGCACAGAGCUUAGUCAGAACCCGGACAAUUUGGAGGGAGCACUCACGCGUACCAGCGAUACAGGGGAAGAAUUGAAGGAGCACUGGCGAGAGCAUCCCACAUAUGCGACAGGCGAUUUCUUCGACAUGUUGAGGAAGCAGUUCCAAGACUUGGAGGUUGUGCCACACCCGAAGGGAGAGGUCGAGUUCCGGCGCUUUCCACCAGGUGUUGACACUGCUGGUGAUGCAUUGAAAGCCAUUUUCAGGGAGUGUGGCUGGCCAGGAGAAGCCUACAGAAAGGGUGAAUGCAUGAAACGUGUUCGCGAGUUCGAUGGAGAGUCAGACGAGGAGGAUGAAGCUGAUGAAGACGAUUAG